ACCCAGUAAAUGUAGCAGGCGUUUUCGCAUUAAAUAAAAGGGAUUCGUCGAUUACCAAUCGGCAACAAUAUCCAAUUUUCUAAUGGUAACAUGGAAAUGGUAUAGGACUUUCAUAGGAUUCCAAAAAAUCAGUCUCAUUUCAUCAUAAACAAAAUUAUUGAUGAUAUAUAAAAGGCGAUCCAAAUUAUUUGCAAAUAAAUUCACGCAUACGAAACAUUAAAUCUUAGAUAGUCAACAGUUCGUAUUGUUUUGGUAAUGGUGUUUCCGAUAUCAACCACAAAAUAUAAUAUACGAGUUAAUAUAAGAAUGACAGUCUUCGACGUUCACCAAGAACGGCGGGCUCGGGCACGACCGGAAAAAAGGCUUAAAAAUAUUCGGGUACAUUACAAUGUUUUUUUAUACCUAGUAUACACUGCCUAGCCGCACCACAAAGUCAUCAUACCUCUAAGCGCGGAUUAAUUUACGUUAGACACCUUUAACCAGCAGACUUUUUAGGUAAACCUAGAAAUAAAUCCGCCACUGAGUCCGGUCCAUUUCGGGAGUUUACCCGCAGACCACAAAACUAGUGAUGGGCUUAUUCGAAUGAUUAAUUACCGUUAACGGGUGUUUUAAAUAACCUCUUUAUUUAUUAUUAUUUCCAGUUAUUCAAUGAAUGAGAUUAUCUGAAAUGCCAAUGGUUGGGUUAUUGUAAAAUUAAAAAAUAUAUAUAUUAUUUUUUUAAAGAAAAUUAAUGAUCAUUGCUUACAAAUAUGGAUUUCAGAAAAAACGUAAAUAAAAAUAUUUCUCGGAUGGAACGGAAGAAAGUACUAGGAAUGCAUCAAUAUUUCAUUUUACAUUUCUGGUAAGAGGCCUUUGUGUUUUGACCGGAAUUCGGGAAGAUCAGCUUUUCUUUCUACUGAAGGUUUUUUUCGGUACAACAGCGAAGGAGUGAACACUACCUGAGUAUUGUUGUGCAAAUCUUUAGGCAUCGGCCCUAAUUUUUAUUGUUUUCUGUUAUUUGGUGAGUCCAUUUAACGCAUCCAGUUAUAUAUCAGUUUUUGUGGCUGGUAGUUUCCUCCUCUUGGCCCUCUAACCUCAACCAUGGGGGACUCUUCGGGGGGCGAGGGCCCCCCGACGGUUAGUGCAGCACAAGAAAAUGACAGUUUAUCCAAUGAUUCUCAAAAUCGUCCGUUGAACGCCAUUAUUUGUAACAUUUUGCCACCGGAUUGCAAAAAAACUGCUGAAGAUAUUUCCAGGCCCCAGUAUUUUGAUGUGCCCUCAGGUGAAGAGUUGUCAAAGUUAUCGGCAGAGAUCCAGAUUAUCAAGAAUCAGUUCGAGCAAGACGCUGAAAUCCUGCGGGAAGUUGCCAAAAUCUCCGCAAACAUAAGAAGGACAGUAAAUCGGAAAACAAAAUAUGAAAUCACCGACCAGGGGCCUUUUAUGGUGAUUCUGGAGGGGAUUACAAGUAAGGUGGGGACUCUUCAUCCUAUGAACUUUGGGAAGUUACUUCAAGCGCAGAAAGUUCAAGGUAUAUUGAAAAUUUCUAGAAAAGGAGCCAAUAAAAUCGGUUUGGAGUUUAACACCUCUGAGUCUGCAAAUAAAUUUUUAUCUAAUGAAACAUAUUCGACAGCUGGUGGGUAUAAUAAGUAUAUACCUCAAAGACUAGUCACUUGCCGAGGGUUGGUGAGGGACAUUGGUGACUUAAUUGAUGAGGAUGAUUUUUACUCUGAGGCAGAAGCCAAGGUUAACAUCGGAAGAUCGCUAAAGCGCGUUAAGAUUGUUAAUGUUCGCAGACUAACUAAAAGGGUCAAAUGCCCAGGUGUUCUGCCUGGCACUUUUGGUUUCAAGACAGUUCCAUCUAAUGAUUAUAUAAUAACAUUUGAUGGUAAAACUCUCCCAGAAUCAAUCAGUAUCUAUAAAAAUGAGUGUUCAAUCGAAAAAUAUGUUAGUCCUGUUGUCUUAUGUAUGAAUUGUUGCAGGUUUGGUCAUUGGAAAAACCAAUGUAAAAGCAAGGGUAGAUGUAGUUUCUGCGCUGGAGAUCAUCCAGUAUUUCAUUGUGAACUGAAAGAACAGUUUUAUAAGAAGAAACCAUGCCCGACAGACCACUUAAAUCAUGAAGGCUCUCAUCAGGCCACUGAUAGAUCAUGUCCGGAAAUGGACAGACAGAAGAAAAUCAAUGAGGCUAUGGCAUGGUACAACUUAUCCUUUUUUGAAGCGGCCAAACUCUUUCCAAGAGGCCCCAAAUCAAGUGAGUUUAAUCGCUCUAAUGAAAAUUUCCCUCCUAUUCAUAACACGGUUGCCCCCGUCUCUCAGCCUUCCCCUAGAUCUGCUUCUAAAACCUAUUCUGUCAUAGCAAAAAAGCGUAAGUCCCCCCAAAUAGAAUCAGGGUAUGAUAGGGACGCCCACAGGGAUUGUCUCGUGCCGCCGUUGACUAGGCAGAAGUUGAAUCACACUAGCAAAAGUCAAUCUUCUCCCUCAUAUUUAAAUGAUUUAUCGUCAGAGUCCGAGAUGGACACUGCUUCUCCAGGGGUUUCCUCCUCUGGUGAAUUUUGGUAUCGGUUUGAAAAUUUAAAGAAAAAAGUCUUGUCCAAUAUACCCAGUAAAAGUGCUUACCAUGAAAUUGAGAGUCUUUUUGACUCCCUGCCUCCUCCCGGAGGAUGCAGGUUUUAAUAUAUGAAUGUUCCCAGAUCGACAGUCAAAUCUUUCUGUUAAAAUUAGUAAUCUCUCAAUUAUUCAUUGGAACACUUGCGGUAUUAGAAGUAAUUGUGAUAGUAUUAUUAGACUUAUUCGUGACUUUGGUCCGGAUAUAGUCAUGAUUAAUGAAUCUUUUUUACUCCCAUGGGAAGAGACAUUUAUAAUUACCGAUGCCUCUAAGGGACCAGAUGAUAGAGUUGGCUUUGGAGUAUUUAUUCCGUUUCUCAAUGUUAGGGUCGGGCAUGGGUUGAAUAGCGCGUUUUGUAUUUGCUUUGCAGAAAUGGUAGUUAUUAGUUACGCCCUAGAUCUUAUAUUAGAUUAUAAUAUUAAACAGGCAGUAGUUGUCUCCGAUUCCAAAAGUGCCCUGCAGAGCUUCGGAUGCAGUGCGGUUGAAGCUUCCAACAGCUACAUUUUACUAGAUAUUAAAGCAAAGAUUGAUAUUUUAAAGCGCAGACUUGGGGGGAAAAUCCGAAAAAUCGACAUUUAGAACUUCUGAGAUUAGUCUCCUUCGCUGGAGAAGAUCCGAAAAUCCUCGACAUUUGGAACUUUAAAGUUUAGUCUCCUUCGCUGGAGAAGAUCUGACAAUCCUCGACAUUUGGAACUUCAAAAAUCAGUCUUCUUCGCCAGAGAAGAUACGAAAAUCCUCGACAUUUAGAACUUCAAUAUUCUGUCUCCUUCCUGGAGAAGAUCCGAGAAUCCUCGACGGAAGUCGGCAAUGGGCGAAUGAUCCUGGUAGUCGUGCCCAACAGUUAUCUGUGAAACGCAUCAUUGAACUUGAAUUGAACUUUCUACUGAAGUGAAAUGUAGUGAAUGAUUUUUUUUUCAAAAUGCAACAUAGGUCAACCAUUUUAUUUUUUUACUUUUAAAAUAUAAUAUAAUAUUUUCAUUUAAAUUUAAGAUUAAGUUCAGAUUCAAUAGCGUAACGGUCCCGACCUACCGAAACGAAAACUUAACAUUUAAUUCGAAUGAUCAUGCGAACAAUUAUUCGGGCAUUAAUUUUAUUUGAAUAGAAAUAAUUGGUUAGUUUCGGUUAGUCAUUAUUAUAUCACAUAAAUGGCAAUCCCUGUACAAACCAGCGUUGUAAUUAACGUCGGCACGUGACAUAACAGCCUACUUUAUUUGUUUUUUCGUACAGCUUUUAAACACUAGAGUGCUAUGGUAAAAUUGAUGUGUCGC